CGCCUCCUAAAGGGCCCCAGCUGUUCCCAGCAAAUGUCUUGUCCGCUGCGGGAGCCCUGCUCGAGACUGGCUAAUAAUAGUCUUUGGGUCAGAAUUGCAAGGACCCUGGGAAGUCGUCUGGUGCAACUCCCUCCCAGGACGGUUGGAGAAAUCUAGCCCUUACUCCAGGAAGGGGUAAGGGCGUUCCUAAGGUCACUCAGCGGGCUAACCGUAGACCUGCGCCUGGAAUGCAAAUGUUCCUAAGCUUCAGCAGCUGUUUGCUUUUCACCACACUGCCUCCUGCGGGAAACUUGACGUGUGAAACGGCACCCCUUUCUGUCCCUUUCUCUUUUAGUCCACUCCCUUUUUAGCUGUCUGCAUUUUCCACCGCUGGGGUUCGGUUGGCUCUGGGUGUGGUUCCCUGUUUGUUCAUUAUUUUUCUGCAAGCUCAUCCUUCUGUAGGUUUGGUUUCUAACCGUCCUGGAUUCUAUCUGCCAUGUCCACGCAGAGACUUCGGAAUGAAAACUACCAUGACUACAGCUCCACUGACGUGAGCCCUGAGGAGAGCCCGUCCGAAGGCCUCAGCCACCUCUCCUCCCCCGGCUCCUACCAGCGCUUUGAUCAAAGCAACAGCACAACAUGGUUCCAGACCUUGAUCCACCUGUUAAAAGGCAACAUUGGCACAGGACUCCUGGGGCUACCACUGGCAGUGAAAAAUGCAGGCAUAGUGAUGGGUCCCGUCAGCCUGCUGGUCAUAGGCAUCAUAGCUGUGCACUGCAUGGGUAUCCUGGUGAAAUGUGCUCACCACUUCUGCCGCAGGCUGAAUAAAUCCUUUGUGGAUUAUGGGGAAACUGUGAUGUAUGGAUUGGAAUCCAGUCCCUGCUCCUGCCUCCGGAACCACGCACACUGGGGAAGACAUGUUGUGGACUUCUUCCUGAUUGUCACUCAGCUGGGAUUUUGCUGUGUCUAUUUUGUGUUUCUGGCUGAGAACUUUAAACAGGUGGUAGAAGCGGCCAAUGGGACUACCAAUAACUGCCACAACAAUGAGACGGUGAUUCUGACCCCCACCAUGGACUCGCGACUCUACAUGCUCUCUUUCCUGCCCUUCCUGGUGCUGCUGGUUUUCGUCAGGAGCCUCCGAGCCCUGUCAGUCUUCUCCCUGUUGGCCAAUAUCACCAUGCUGGUCAGCUUGAUCAUGAUCUACCAGUUCAUUGUUCAGAGGAUCCCAGACCCCAGCAACCUCCCCUUGGUGGCCCCCUGGAAGACCUACCCUCUCUUCUUUGGCACAGCAAUUUUUGCAUUCGAAGGCAUUGGAAUGGUUCUGCCCCUGGAAAACAAAAUGAAGGACCCUCAAAAGUUCCCACUCAUCCUAUACCUGGGCAUGGCCAUCGUCACCAUCCUCUACCUCAGCCUGGGGUGUCUGGGGUACCUGCAAUUUGGAGCUAAUAUCCAAGGCAGCAUAACCCUCAACCUGCCCAACUGCUGGUUGUACCAGUCGGUUAAGCUGCUGUACUCCAUUGGGAUCUUUUUCACCUACGCGCUCCAGUUCUAUGUCCCGGCUGAGAUCAUCAUCCCCUUUUUUGUGUCCCGAGCGCCAGAGCACUGCGAGUUAGUGGUGGACCUGUUUGUGCGCACAGUGCUGGUCUGCCUGACAUGCAUCUUGGCCAUCCUCAUCCCCCGCCUGGACCUGGUUAUCUCCCUGGUGGGCUCCGUGAGCAGCAGUGCCCUGGCCCUCAUCAUCCCACCCCUCCUGGAGGUCACCACCUUCUACUCAGAGGGCAUGAGCCCCCUCACCAUCUUCAAGGACGCCGUGAUCAGCAUCCUGGGCUUCGUGGGCUUUGUGGUGGGGACCUACGUGGCUCUCUAUGAGCUGAUCCAGCCAAGCAAUGCUCCCAUCUUCAUCAAUUCCACCCGUGCCUUCAUAUAGGGAUCUUGGUUUGUCUCUGUAGCUGCCUACCCAUGCCCUGUGUGUCCACGUUACCUGUACCCAGAGCCUCAGGUAUGGUGCAGGCUCUGAGGGAAGUCAGGGUCACUGUGUGGGAACCACUCUGCCUGGCGCCUGGCACCUGGUACCCUGGGCCACGUAAGGCUGAGGGCAGGUGAGAGGUGGGGUGGCAGACACGCAGAAGUGCCGCAGUGACAGGGUUGUCACUAUUUACACCCAGAACUUUCCAGAUCUCCCUCAUCAUACCUCCUCCUUUUUACCUGCCCUCUGCCUGCUGGUGCACCUCACCUAACUCAUUCUCACUGCACAGUUCACUUUAUUUAACAAUUUUAGUGUCCCCCACCUCAUGUUUUCUUCUUUUCUGGGCCAAGCAUAGAUGAAAUAACUGGGAACCUCCCCUCUUUAUAAAGCUGGGCUUCUUUCCCAUCUCUCUCCCAAAUUUUGUAUCUCUAUAUUCUUCCUAUUCAAGUCUCCAGAGGGUGGCUAGACCUACCUGGUCAUUUGAAACAGGCCCCCCAAGCUGGAGUUUUUAAUCUUGACUCUGGCUUGCUGUGACCCCUAAGGCAAUGCGUCUCUUCUCUAGGUUCGUUAGUUGUGGGUCACAGUACUGUAUUCUUAAUUGCUUUAGCUCUUAAAACAUAUGAAGUAUUGCCUAAACUGAAAAUAUUUAUAUCUUAUUUAAAAUCAGAUUUUUGUUUUUAGACUUUCUCUAGAUUUGGGGUUAUUACAAAUCGCUUCUUCCUCAGUGAACUUUGACUCAACUUCUCCUGCUGAAAAGAAGCUCGCUCCAGGAGAUGUCUGCUUGGGUCUUCGGCACUCUUGUCUGAGGACUCAAAGGUUUUAAUUAGGAUUAUCUAAAAAUGUACCUCGGUGAGGAGGCACAGAUUUUGCUUCCUGUUGACCAGCCUGGUUUCAUAUGAAAAACCACUGAAGGACUGCCGAAAUGUCGCGGGUGCACCGGGCGGAGGGAAGGGUCGCUGAGUGAGAGGCGUAUGGAGUGGGGCUGUGUACAUUCCAGCCUCAGCCCAUGCCAGGUGAAAGGAUUAGCAAUGCUCAGUCACCAUCAGGCUGGGACGACACCCGCUCUCUUGCCACAGAUGAGUAGCUCAGGUCAGUGUGCACAGAGAGUUUUAAAUUAAGUUCAUAAUCUUUACAGCAGCUGGUCUGACAACUGCGUGUGGUGCUUGGUUGUUUACAAUCAGUGGGGAAUAGGGCAGAACCAGUGCCCGGCCCCACGCUGCCUCUGUGAUCUGGACUUUGAAAGGAACCAGUGAACCACUGAACACUAACGAGCCCUGUCUUUACCCCAGAAUGCCUCCCUGGGUAUUGCAGACAGCCUUGAGGUUGGCCCUCCUCAAGGUCAGCCUUCAUAUUUGGGAACAAACUUCAGAGAAGGCAGAAGAUACACUGCCUUGCUGUGACUGCCUCUUCUUUCCUCUUAUUGCGAGAAGUAUUUCAGAAGGUCAUUGAUGAAUUCCCCCUCUCAUUAGCACUGUGUGUGCACGUUUGCACGUGUGUAUGUGUGUGUGUUCCUGUGUAAGUAACAGCAGACUCCUUGUCUCCUCUGUUCCUGUCACCAGGCUCUUGCUUCACUGCAGUUAUGGUUCACUCUGAAAGUUAGUUGAGGGAGAGCAGCAAAAAUGUAUCAGGAGUUUUGCUUCUGUGUUUCACCAAAGCUCAUGGGGCUCAGACCUACUCACAUGGCCCCAGUUUUUUCUUUCUCUUCUGUUCCAAAGCCAGGUUAGCUGACUUCCAGGAGAAGGGAUGGGAAAAAGGGGACUCUCAUUGUAGUGGCUCCCAACCUACCUAAUGAUUUGUUAACUUAGGAACAUGCCAUCACUGUUGACUUGUUCUUCCUUAGAAGAACGAUGCUUUUCACCUACGCUUUCUGUUCUAUGGUGGAGUCUAACAGGUGCCAUAUGAUCAAGAAUCUAGCUGGGAGUAGCAGAGGCCCUGUCAUCUGAAGUUUCAGGUUUAGAAGUUACCACAGUGGGCUCAGAAACUGUCAUCUCCUGGUUCUAAGCUUGGCCUCUGGAAGCCCAGCCACUAUCUUAGCUGUCUUCCCCAGUGGUGCUGAGAGUGGUCUCGGUGAGAAGGCGGAUGCCAACCGGAGGGCCAGAUCUGUGUCAUUCCCACGUACUCCUUGGUGGACGUUUCUCAGAGCUGCUAAAGGCCAUCCUGCCCAAUUGAGUUCUGAGACUGGGACUGUGAUGCUGGGACCUGAGGGCUGGAUGGUAGAAUACCAGGGUCCCCCAGCUCUUAGCAAGAUGCAGGCUCUUGCUCCCAUGGCCCUGGCCUUAAGAACAUGGUAUGUAGGAGAGUUGGCUGUAGCUUUAGGAUUUCUGGAAGCCAAUUUGGCAUGGCCUGUUUGAUCUCUGUCUAGUGCUCCUGCUACACUGACAGACUGAUUGGCUCUUUUGAAACACCCAGGAAGGGGCUCCAGUCGGAGGAUCUUCCUGGCUAUGCAGCUGCACAGCUCUUAGGCAUCAAGCAAAGGGUCAGCCAGCCAAUGGUAGUGGGAAGAAGCCCUUCCUCCCCUUCUACAAGCAGCGCUCAGCCAGCUCAGAAUCUCUUCUGCAGCCCCCAGGGCUUCUUGAAGCAGAGAACCCUCCCUGGUGUCUUCCCUGGAUAAGUAGAAAUAUCACAGAGCAAAGGUUUUCGGGAAUUGUGAGGCUGCAUCUGCUGGAGCAAAGGGAAACCGUGGGCUUUCUGUCUAGAUACUCUUGAGCUCUGCAACCCUGCUCGUCACCCCAACUUCCCCAAACCAGAGGUAGCUUUCUCAGAGCCCCUUGGUGGUUUUCUCCUCCAUGCUGCUGUUGGGGGCAGGCUUCCAGCUGUCAGUGGGCAGUGCACGUCCUGCUAAGUGCAGGCACUUGCCAGCGAGAGUGUGAGCUGGCAUCUUCUGUUCACCCUCCCUAGCAGCUGUCACCAUUCACAAAUGGCAUUAUUUAUAUUGUGCUGCUGUCCAGCUGCUAAGAACCCUUCAUCUGCACAAGCCCUGGCUAGAUAUGUGUGAAUGUGUGGCAUCAUUUCAUUUCUGCUGCCCUCUUCUAUCUCACCUCUGUAGCCAGAUUCAUUGGCUGAUGCUCACUGCUUGCUGUCUAUCCCCGUGAAAUUUAUAGUUUUAUCAGUAGUCUUAAAGUGUUGAUCCCAAACAUGUGUAUUAGAAAAAUCAUGUUUCUUCUCUCAUCUUACUUUCCUCUUCUCAGAUUUCUCUCUUCCUAGAACAGGAUCUCUGUUUAACACUAAUGUUCACCUCAUAUUUUUUGGAAGUGUAAAAAGCUCAGUUUAUGUCUGUUUACAGCUCUGUCUCCUCACUGCUCACAGCAAGCAGGUCUGUAGCAGUGGAUUUUAUUUUGUAGCUGAUGAGAUGUUAAGGCAAGCCUCAGCAUCAGCCCCCGCUAGGUCCACAAUGCUGCUUCCUUGAAGGGAAGCCACAGAGUCCAAGUGGCAGGACUUGAGGUUGGCUUCCGGUCUGCCUUAGAAGUUAAUUUUCCAAAGUACAUUUCAAACCUCUGAGGCCAUUAGGGGAAAAGGAAGGAGUGUGAUUUGUCUUUGAAAUUACGGUUAACACUUUUCGACAAUAAGUCUGGCUGGUUGCAAGGCUGUUUGCCCCAGCAGCACCAGCCUAUAACAUUUCUUCCCUUUCCUUUGUGCCAAUGAGUUGUUCCCUGGCCACAGGACAUAAUGGUGCUGAUAGGAGGUUAUCAGAGUGAGUAAGGUAGGAAAUGAGGGUGCAGGGUGCCUGUCGUUCACUGCGUUAUUUGGUUUAAGUCAAAGUUAUUCUGGGGAAGCUAUGUUCUUUCGGUGGGUAACAAAAUUGGUAACUCUAUUGUAAAACAUGUCAAUGGAUGUGUGAAGAAAACCGAGCAUGCACUAGGUGUUGAUAACCAGACAGUACUGUGUAUCUCACGUGGCUGCAUGGAUGUGCACUUCCAGCAUGCUGUGUGUAGAGAUGUGGCUCAUGCCAGAGCUCGUAGAGCCUGUUUUGGGUUUUGCACAUGGAUCAUAUGUUAAGCUUUUUCUUUUCAAUAAAUGAAUUUUAUUUUUUAUUUUUGAGAGGUUGCUGUCUGUGUCUCUUUUUUUUUCUUUUUAUGUCACUCAGAUGCCUUUAUUAGAUGUUGGGUUAAAUGUUUCCAGCUUAUGCCACAGAAUUCAUAUGGGAAGGUGGCACAAGCAGUAGACCCGUGCAAGGAGUUAGGAGUUGCCCAGGAAGAAAGGGACCAGGAAUGCUUUGUUUUGUUUUUUUCUGAUAGACAGUCCUCCCCUCCCUAAACUUCCUCCUGCUUCUCUUGAAAACUGGAGUAAGAAUUUCCAGCCCUCUCCAUGCAUAGCAGAUGAGCCCAAAUGACAGGUGUGGUGGCCAGUUUUAUAUGUGUCAAUGUAUAAUUCAGUCACACACUAACCCAGGUGUUGCUGUGAAGGUAUUUUGUAAAUGUGGUUAAUUAAUGUCUAUAAUCAGUUGCCUUUAGGUAAAAGAGGUUUUCUCAAUAUUGUGAGUGGGCCACAUCCAAUCAGCUUAAAGGCCUUUGAGCAAAGCUGAGGUUUGCCUGGAGAAGAAGUUCUGCCUCAAGCCUACAGCAUCGGCUGCUGCCUACUGGCCUGCCCUGUGACUCGCAGACUUGCUGGCUCACACAGUCAUGGAGCCGGUAGUUCCCUCAUCCCUCUCUCUCAAUCUCUAUGUCUAAAUAUAUUAACAUAUGUGUGUUUAUAUGUGUAUACCUGUAUAAAUGUGUGUGUGUGUGUGUGUGUGUGUGUGUGUGUGUGUAUAUAUGUCUCCUGCUGCCUUUGUUUCUCUGAAGAACCCAGACACAACAGGUAACACUUAAUUUUCUUGAAAUGUGGAGAUUAAUUUCAGGACACGACAAUGGAAGGCACCCCUUCCCUUCCCUUUUUUUCACUGAGUGGGAAAAACACAAAGCUUAAAAUGUUUAUUCUCUCAAUACAGUUUUCCCCAAAAAAUCGGUGGGAAUUUGUUCCCACCAGCAAGCACGCAAUCAGUUCUGUGGCAAGCACUAGCCAGAUGUGCUCCAGUUCAUUUCUGACACCACCUACCUGGAGGUGGCAUCAGAUCCUACAGGAUGAGGGCUCAGUCCUCAAGAGUGACACCCCCAUCCCCACCACUCCAGUGCCAAUUGCCAAGUGCCAGAUUAUUUACCUGUGCUUCUGACUGGCUGUAAAUUAUAAAUCAGUGUUCCCAUGAUUCUGUUUUGGGGUUUAAUUUGUUAGAGUAGCUCAUGGAACUCAGGGAAAUACGUUUACCAGUAUAUUAUCCAAAGGAUACAGAUGAAAAGAUGCAUAGGGCAAGGGAUGGGGGAUGAGGUGCAGAGCUUCCAUGCCCACCCGUGUGUACUGCCCUCCAGGAACUUCUACAGGAUCAGCUCUCCAUGGCUUUCCAAACCCUGUCUGUCCCCUUGGGCCUUUUAUAAAAACUUAACUGGGUAGGCAUGAUUGAUAGCCAUGUGGAAUUAUGACUGAACAGAUAAAUGUAAAAUGUAAUAUUAAUAGACUGGGGAAACCUAGGAAAGAGAUUCUUCUUGGCCUCUCCAUGCAGCAUUCCUUCAUCCAGAGCAUGGAGCAGGAUCACUUCCGAAAUGAGGGUCUAUGACUCACAAUUAAACAAGGUGAUUUUUUAUCGCCAGCUCUAAGACAGAAAGCCAGGGGAAAAUUAGAGUACUUUUUUGUUUGUUUCUAUAGACUAUCUUGGGGAGAAAUAACAAGGGCUAUGGAACUUAGGAGCCAGGAAUUGUGUAUAAAAACCAACGUUUAUAUAUAUCAUAAUACUACAGUCACAUAGACAAAGAAAAAACAGGACCAUCUGAGCUGCCUCCUCUAUGAUUUGAAAAGUAAUCUUUGUUGACUACUGAAUUAAACAAGUUUAAAAACAAAGCCUUCAAGGAACACUUAAAGUAUAACAUUUUACCGAGAGAGGAAGGUGGAAAUGUAGUCUGUUGUCUGUUUCCAUUGUCAAUAUCAUUUCUGGAACAGGAAGGUCAAAGAGAUUUAGCAGUCUAUACCAAGCCUCCAACCAGUAGGUAGCAGCACUGGGAUACACACACAAGUCCUGUUCCAGAACCUGAGCACCUCCCAAGGUGCUGGCUGCCUUUGUUACAGCCUCAAGAGGGGGGUUUGCCUUGAGGAAUUGUGAGGGUUAGAGAGAAUGUUGUAAAGUGCCAUAUGUUUUAAUCACAAAGGGCUUCUUAAACAUUUUCUGAAAUAUUAGCUGACCUGAAGAAAACCAGGACUCCAGAGUACUUCUGCUUGUAUUUCCUGCUGUCCAUUCAUGCACUAAUGUCUUACUUCCUCUAUGCAGGGCACUCAAUCCUCUUAGAUUGUCCACCUCUUCAAGUUUUUAUUUCUAGUCACAUUUAUACCUAAUGGCUGUAAUCCCUUCUUCCAGAAAGCCAGGGCUCUCAGGUAAGCCCAUUGCACUACUGGAGGCAUAAACCUGAGUGACAGUGGAUUGAAUUUGAACCCUAAGCCUGGGGCACUUUGCUAUAUAGGCUGCCUUUUUCAUACUUAGCCCAUGGCGGUUGUGCUGAGGAAUUAUGUGUGUCUUUAAUGGGUAUACUUUACUAGACCCUUGGCCCUUGGUCUCCCUAAAAAAAAAAAAAGAAGUACAAUUUACAUGUAAUUAAAUUAUAUUUACCUUUUUCAAAUAUAUAGUUCAGUGUGUUUUGAUUAUAGUCAUGUGACCAUCAUCUCGAUCAAGAUGCAGAAUGUUUCCUUUGCCUCCAAAAGGUCCCUUGUGCCCCUUUGCAACCAAUCCCAGUCCUUGGCAACUGCUAAUCUGUUUUUUUCUGUCUCCAAUUUUGUCUUUUCUAGAAUGCCAUACAACACCAUUACAUAUGCAGCCUUUUGUGUCUGGUUUCUUUCGUUUAACAUGAUCAUGCUUUUUCUAUUCCCCCAUGUUGUUACAUGUAUCUGUAAUUGGUUCUUUUUAUUGCUGAAUAGUAUCCAUUGCAUGGAUGAAUUUGUUUAUCCAUUCAUUAGUUGAUAGACUUUGAGGUUGCUUUAAAUUUUCAGCUAUUUAUGGCUUAGUUAUUUUAAUGUAAAUUUCUGGUAAACAAUUUUAAAAACUGCCUCUUAUUCUUCCUUUAAAACUCACUUGUAACUGCUGCUAAUCAGAGUAUGUUACAAGGACAACUUGAAUUUGUGCUCCCCAGCGGUCAUUCUCAAGUUUUGGGCUCAGAUAUACUCUAUACUUAAUCAUAAAAACAAAUCAGCUAUUAUGAAUAAAGCUUCUGUGAAUAUUGACGUACAGGUCUUUGUGUAGACGUAUGUUCUUAUUUCUCUUAGGUAAAUACCAAGAGGUGAAAUGAUGGGGUUGUAUGGGAAACGUGUGCUAACUUUUGGCAAAUUGUUUUCCAAAGCGGCCAUACCCUUUUGGAUUCCUAAUGUAUAACAGUUACAGUUGCUCCAUAUCCUCACCAAUACUUAAUAUUGUGAUCUUUUAAAUUUUAGCCCUUCUAAUGGGUGCAAAGUGACUUCUCGUUGCAGUUUUAAUUUGCAUUUUCCCAAUGACUAGUGAUGUUUUGCACCUUUUUACGCUUAUUGGCCUAUCUUCUUUAAUGAAGUAUUUGUUCAAGUAUUUUGCCUCUUAAAAUUCAGUCAUCUACUUCUUUUGAUUUAAGCUUUUUUAUUUUGAAAUAAUUGUAGAUUUACAGGAAGAUUCAAAGGCACAGGAAGGAGGUCUGGUGUACCUUUCAGCUGGGCUUCCCAGUGUUAACACCUCGCAAAACUGUAAUACAUUAUCGAAACCAGGAAAGUGACAUUGGCACGAUCCAUAGAGCUGAUUCAGAUUUCAUUAGUUAUAUAUAUACUCAUUUGUGUGUGUGCAUGCGCGUGCGUGCGUGUGUGUAUAGCUGUAUGCAGUUUUAUCACGAGUCACUUUGUAUACACCACCACCACCAGCUAGAUGCCUAACUGUACCAUGACCUUAAGACUCCUUUAUGCUGCCCCUUUAUGGACAUCCACUCCCUUUAGUCCCCCACAUCCCUAACCUUUCCAGAAGCCAGGAAUCUCUGUUCUUCAUCUCUAUAAUUUUGUUAUUUCUUGAAUGUUAUAUAAAUUGAAUUAUGCCAUAUGUAUCUUUUUGGGAUUGGCUUCUUUCACUUAGUAUAAUUUCCUUGAUGUUCAUCUAAGUUGUUUCAUUUAGCAGUAAUUUGUUUCUUUUUAUCACUGAGUAGGGUCCCAUGGUACUGAUGUUUAGCUAUUCACUCACUGAAAAAAAAUGUACAUUGUUUCCAGAUUUGGUUAUUACAAAUGAAGUGCUAUAAAUAUUUGUGUAAGUGUUUCUGCAUGAAGAUAGGUUUUAAUUUCUCUCUUAUAUGUGCCCAAGAGUGUGAUUGCUGAAUUGUACGGUGAUGUGGUUUGGCUGUGUCCACACCCAAAUCUCAUCUUGAAUUUCCACACGUUGUGGGAGGUGAUUGAAUUGUGGGGGCGGGUCUUUCCUGCACUGUUCUCCUGAUAGUGAAUAAGUCUCAUGAGAUCUGAUGGUUUUAAAAAGGUGAGUCUCCCUGUACAAGCUUAUUCUCUUUUUGCCUGCUGCCAUCCAGAUAAGAUGUGACCUGUUCCUCCUUGCCUUCCGCCAUGAUUGUGAGGUUUCCCCACUUAUUUGUAACUGUAAGUCCAAUUAAACCUCUUUCUUUUGUAAA